CCACCCGCUCGCUCGUCUCAACUCACUCACCUUUCCCGCUGCGUCAAAACUCGGCAUCAUCCCAAAACCUUCUUCUUCGAGCUUCUCACUCAUUGUCUUGCACAUAUCUGACAAGAAAGUCCCUACCGUUGACGAUCUAUUCUAGCCGCACACUGCUGUAUACUCUAUACGCACAACUUCUCUAACCAUGUCGGACGCGGUUGCCGACGCCCCGGUCGCGGACAAGGUCGACGCACCUGCCGAAGUGACCAGCGAGCGACCGGAGCCGAAGAACGAGAGCGCCGAGGCUCAAAAUACCAGUGAUCCGACAGAGACGGACCCGGAGGGCAGGGUUGACGCAUCGGAUUCGAAGGAUGCAGAAUCUGAAGAGGCUCCGCAUGGCGCAAAGGCCGAUGGAGCCACCGAGCCCGCCAAAGGUGAUGAUGAGACGAAGAAGUGGCGCGACGAGCGGCGCAAUGGAUCGCGUAAUGACCCUAGGCCUGUCCGUGGCCGCGGACGCGGUGGGAAGAGCCAGAACAUGUACAACCGCAAGUCAAAAUCGAACGAAUUCCAAGACCUCCCGGAGACUGAUGAUCCGGUCUUGAUUCGCCAGCAGGUCGAGUUCUACCUCUCGGAUCAUAACCUCUGUACCGACAAGCAUAUGUUUGAAGAGAUCAAGGGCGCACAGAACCUCCCCGUCCCAAUCAAACACCUACACACCUUCAAGCGCAUGAGGCGAUUCCAACCCUACUCCGCUAUUGUUGCAGCUCUCCGUGAUAGCAAGCUUGUCGAGGUCGUGGACACUGCUCGGUUCAGCGGCACGGGAAAUGAGGGCGUAAAGCGCAAGCAUCCUAUCGAGAUUGUCAAGCGUGACGAUGACGGUGACCGUGAGCUGAGCGUUGAAGAACAGUUUGACCGGCUAUUCCAUCGCUCCCGGAACCAACUGGAUGCAAGCGUCUAUGUGAAGAAUUUUGGCGAUCCAGCCGAGGCUGGCCAGAUUGAAUUGGAGAUGUUCUUCAAGCAGUACGGUGCUAUCAUGGUUCGCAAGCGCCGCACCGAGGAUGGGGAGUGGAAGGGCAGCGUUUUUGUCGAAUUCCCAGAUGAGGAGACGCAGAAGCAGUUCCUUGCCCUAGAUCCGAAACCGGUCUACAAGGGUAACGAGUUGAUCAUCAUGAGCAAGAAGGACUACAGCUUGAAGAAGUGUAAGGAGAAGGGUAUCACACCUACUUGGGCGGUGGAUGAGCAGGACAGCCGCAACAGGGACGGCCCAAAGGGUCGGUUCCAAGAUCGACGGGGAGGACGCGGGCGUGGUCGUGGAGGGCGUGGUCGGGGUGGUGGUCGAGGAGCGCAUAACGAUCGCAACGAUUGGAACGGUCGCCGUGAUGACUUCCAGAAAUCCAAGGAGUUCAGUGGCGAAAAGUCAAACAAGCGCAAGGCAGAGAAUGAGGGCGCAGCCGAAGUCGAACCUGAGAAGCGCGAGGAGAAGAAGGCCAAGGUCGAAAUCAAGGAGGAUGCGUGAGCGUCAAUUUCCUUUCUCUGACAAAUCACGCGCAGGGCCUUGUUGGGAUCCGUAGGGUCAACAUCGGUUUUGAGAUGUUGUUCUUCACCUUCCAUUGCGGGUCUUGUAAAUCGGAAAAGCAUCUGGCAUUUUUGACGACAAGGUUGUCUCUUCGGUAUGGCUCUACUGUGUAUGAUACCAUUUCACGACAGGACGGGUCCGGGUCAUAUUUCUGUAUUUAACAGAGCAUGCUAGCCUGUCAAUAAAUCACUCAUUAAGGCUCGUCGUAGA